AUGGUUAACCAAGACUCCAACUACCUUGACCACCUCACCCGUUCACUUACCGUUGAGUUCCUGGUCUUCAGCUAUCAUCACAGAGUGCUGGGUUACGUCAAGAUGUCCUUUCUGUGGCGUGCGUAUGGCGGUAUAGAGCUGUCGUUCACUUUCACGGGCUUGCCGGCGCUGACAUACCUAGGGAGGUCGGACGCCACUUCAUCCUCCUCCUCAAUGUCAUCAUCAUCAUCAUCAUCAUCAUCAUCAUCAUCAUCAUCAUCAUCAUCAUCAUCAUCAUCAUCAUCAUCAUCAUCAUCAUCAUCAUCAUCAUCAUCAUCAUCAUCAUCAUCAUCCUCGAACAGCAUAGUGGCGGAGGUAUUGGAACCGGUGGCUGGACAUGACUUGGCGGCAUUGUGGGUGCUGACGAUGGUGUUUGUGGUGGUUGUGGCGAUGCAAACCGCAAGGGCGGCAGCAGCAUGGCGCAGCAGUGAUCUCAACUCGCAACAGAAAUGGCACCGCUUCAGCAACCUCGUCGUGGAUCUGAUGGUCUGUGUGAUGCUGGUGACGGCGUGCGCUGUAUAUACGGCAUUCAUGGUACAGAAGGCUGCCGUAUUCUCAGCGCGUCAGCACUACCGGGUCUACGACGACAUAGAGGGCGCCCGGGCACGCUGGCUACUGCCGCUCAAAACAAAUCCGGAUGUGCUACAGCCCAGCCAGAGCGCAGAGCUCAAGGUGUCCCUGAACUCGUUGGGGCUGUCACUGCCCUCGAGUUCCAGGACCCCGGGCAGGUACCUGCUGCCAGAUGACCCCGCAGGGACUGCAGACUGGGAGGCACUGGCGGAGGUCCUUGUGAACGCGGACGGACUAUCCCGCAUGUGGACAAUUUAUGGCAUGAUCCAGGCAAUGACGUUGGUGCUGCUAUUCGGCAGGCUUCUGUCCACACUGGCUUUUCAAGGUCGCGUCGGCAUCAUGGUACGAACGCUAUUCAACGCUGUACCUGCCGUACUACACUUGGUGAUCAUACUGCUGCUCAUUGCCGUCAUGUUUUCGGUCAUGGAAGUGUGUCAGCUUGGUAUCCACGUCGGGGAAAUGAGCAACCUGGAUGGCGCCCUGAGCGACACUCUUGGGCUCCUGGUGGGCCGGUCCAUCCUGCGUAACCAUACUACCAUCGUGCCCCGGAAUAUGGAGUUCACAACGGUGCAGUCCAUAUACACGCCGGCCUAUCUUUUACCCCGAACCCGUCCUGCUAGGCAGGCCCCGGGCUACAGCAUCUUUUUCUAUACCCUACUGGCCUUCACCUUCGGAAAACUCAGAAACCAUUGGAAGUUUUUGUAUGGUACAACAAUUUGGGAGGACAUCUGCCUUGUCGUACUGCCGGACGCGGCCUCUGCCAUGCACCGCUGGUCACGCAAGCUGUUGCGUGGACAUACUUAUCGCAACGGCCAACCACCAUUAACUAAUCGGCAGCUUCAUCGUGUAGUACGAGACGGAGCCCUGGCUGGUGUCGAUGUACAGCCGCAAAAAUGGAAACCUAUUCGCGUCGUACUCUUUCCGUCGCCAACAGGCGGUAAAGCUUACCUGGACCUUGAGGGGGUACGACAGAUGCUGGAGACUGCUGCACGACGGGCGACUGCAGACGAUCCCACAGCUGUCACGAGUAGCCGUAUUGCAGCCGCCAUUGCUGAAGCCACUGAAAGUGGAGCCGCCACAACUUGGGCUGAGUCGCCAGAUCCCGGCAGCGAUAGCGCCGCUGCCGCCGGCAUCACUACCAGCCGUGCUGGCGGGGAGGGGAACACUGCCAGGAAUGGGCAGAAAAGUGAAAGGGGAGGUACCGGUCCCAGUUUUGGCAGCACCGCUGGUGGCAGCAACGCCAACUCCGAUUGCAAUGACUCCCGUGGCCGCGGUUGCUGGGGCGUGUUGAAGGCUGACAAGUAUGGCUGCUGGCCUAACCGUGGUAGUGGCGGCAGUGGCACUGGAAAUGGAGGAUGUUGGAGUGCCGGAAGCAGUGGUGAUGCAGAGGAGGCUGCGUGUUGGGAGGACCGACAAGGGGGAGAUCAACCGAAUAGAUCCGGGGUCCAGACCCGUGGCCAAGGCAAGAGCGGGAGUGAAAGCCAGAACCUGAGCCACACGCACCUCCACGGCCAAAGGCGACAUGGCAUGUGGCAUACUGCCCAAGGUAUUGCCUCUGCCCUUCCCUCCUCCAGCGCAUCCGCUUCCAGGUCCUCCCUCAGGCGGCUUGAGCUGAACCAACUGCUCAUAUCUUUUAGCUCACAUCGUCUCAACCGGCCACAGGUCUCGAAUAACGAUUGGAUGCUGGGGGACGAGCAACUGAACAAUUUGUGUGGAUUGAUAGCGCAACGUAUCUUGGAUUACCAAGGACAUCGGCGCUUUGAGUACCUGGGACACUCGAGGUUUGGAUGGAAAGGGGGACGGGAGUUCGCCUGUUCCAAGUACCGGCCUGUACCCAUCGGGAAACCCGUCGUCAUGACGCCGGUGGUGAGAUUCAAUCCCACGCUGGAUACCGAUGCCAACACCAGUGGCCGUGUCACCAGUGUCAGCAGCAAUGUGGCGAGCGGGGGAACCAGGUCACGCAUUGUGCAGCGGCGUGUGCUUUGGAGUAGUGGACCCUCAGCUCCGCUUGGCCAGUUGGUGGGCCAGCGGUACAGUCUUACCGCGGUGAGUCGUCUGGUAAGCUACCAGACAGGCUUGGGGCAACGAUCCGGUUUGAGCCAAGUGGAUCGAGGCCAGCGGCUCAGUCAGUCGGCAGGGAAACGACAAUCACAUUGGCCCCAGGGACAGUUCAGGCAGCUCAGCAACUUGACAGGUCAGCAGAGUGGCUGUGCGAGUCAAACAGGAACCAGCCAAAUCCACCGCAUGAGCACUGGUGCAGAGCAGUGUCUGCACAAUGCUUGUGAUUCCACCAGCGACAAGCUGCUGGGUCUUAGCAGCGGUUGCGGCAGCAGCGGCAGGGUCCUUAUCCGGCAAGGAGGUGGCGGCGAUGGUUCAGAAGCGGACUUCAGUGAGGCCCACUCCACCAUCACUAAUGAUGUGGCUGCAAGCAUUGUUAUCAGCAACGGCAGUGGCAUAGGUACAGGAGCUGGUGGUACCGCUACUACAACGAUGAUGGAAGAGGAUGAUGUGUCUGAAUUCGCCAUUUAUGCAGCAUUGUGGGAGUCGAUACGCGCCAUGGAGUACUGGCAGGCUGGUGUGGUUCGCUGGCAAAGCCAUGUGUGGCUACAGCAGCAGCAGAUGCAACAGGUGCAUGAUAAAGUUCUGUCAAUGCUUACCUGCAGUACUGCUGAUGGUGCCGGCAAGCUGCCGUGUAUGGUGCCGUUACUGGGAGCCCCGUCAUCAUCACGUGGGUCAUCAUCACUGAGGGCAUCUACCUGCCUUGGUUCUGAAGUGUUGAUACGAGACACGAAUCCUAGCGCCAGCAAACGUAGCGGUGGCACUAACGAUGCUGGUAGCAGAACAUUUCAGCAGGUUCCGCUCGGCUUACCACAACUUACCAACGAAAUGCCCCCUCCUCUUGCUACACCUGGUGAUGCUGCACCCGACAACGAUCGCGGCGUGGCCAUGGUGGAAACUGACCCAUGGGUUGGUGCUGGGCCAGUCAUGCCUGAGCAACGAUUGUCCAUGCCACAACCGUUGAAUACGCAUGAGGUGAAUACCAGCAGCAAACUGCCGAAAUUUCGCACCACUUCAAGUAACAGAGGCAAUGACGCCUCCACUACUGAUUUUGCCACAGAGCCUAUCGCAGAACCUGGGGUCAGCAAAUUAAGUAGUGCAGAGGUCCUGCCAGCAGGCGGCAUUACAGAGACUCUGCCAGCAGGCAGCAUCACUACGGCAGGCACUACUGCUGUAACCGAGGCCCCGCCAGCAGGUGGCAUCGCUGAGGCCCCGCCAGCAGGUGGCGUCGCUGAGGCCCCGCCAGCAGGUGGCGUCGCUGAGGCCCCGCCAGCAGGCAGUGGGGCUGUCACCACAACAGCGAUAGUGCCACAAUACACGCAGAUGCUUUCUCAGCGGGUUGGGAUGGCUGGGAUGCAGCCACUGGUGACAGGCAACAAACCACUGGAGAUGUCGGGAUUUGCUAAGCAUGGCAGCUUACUUUACCGGUCAGAGCCGACACAGCAACAGGCAUCCGAUCGGCCGGACACACUGGCGCCACUAUUAGGGUCUACAUUGUCGCUGAAGAGCAGCCGAACAUUAGCACUUGAACUGCCGCUGCCGCCAUGGAUUUCGAACACAGUAAUGCCGCCGCCCAUAGACCAGGACAGCUGGCAGCAAUUACAUGCACUAUCACCAUCGAAUAGCUUCAAGGGAGAUUGGUUGGUGCUACCGCCGCCCCCUUCAGAAUCACACCUGCGCGAUGCCGCGGUGCUGGAGGCGACGGGGGCAGCAGCAGCUGCGGCGGCAGAGGUGGCGGCAGCUGCUGCGGCAUCACCAUUAUCAAAGAAGUACCCGUCCAGGGCAGAUUCCAUGCGAAUCGUUGCCAAGGCAUUCGCCGAUGUUGCCAAGGCCUAUGCCGAUGCCGGCACUGCCGACGACUCAGCUGACACCACCCACAUCACCAAUGGUGCCAACAUCGGAACACUUGGCACAUGCCCUAGGUUACUCUACCCCGAUCCCCAGCCGCCGUCCUUGGUCCUUCCCAACGAGUACCCUGUACCGGGAUUGUAG